UUUUGGAUUGUUACUUUCGUACAAGUUCAUAAUUAUGCUGUCAACUUUGUAGUACUAAUACUAGUCUACUAGUACCCUAAAUAAUUUGCUCAGAAUGUGAAUUCGUUGGUUACUUCUGCAAUAUAUAAACUUGCGAUGACAGAUGAAUUUGUAGCGGCUAAGGUAGUGAAAUAGCACCCAAAUACUGAAAUAGUGUAAAUGGACGCCAUAUAGCACGGCUGCUAUUAGGAUGACAUCCACAGCCGAAUCGUGGAACAGGAAAUGCUGAUGAUGUUCUCCUGCGUGAGAGAAAUGUGCUUGCACCGUGCGUAGUGUGGAGGAAGAACUACAAAGAUGAUGCAUGGUAGAAAAAACAACAUCCUAGCGGUGUUGUUUAUCGCUACCGUGAUCGUGUUCAUUUCGACACUGUUCAUGGGCAACCACGAAGUUCUGCCUCUUGGUUCGGUUGACAAGGAAGGCAUUCGAUUGACUAGUGUGCUUGGAAGCAUCCAGUACAAAUGUAAGAAUCCUGUGCCCGUAAAGACGCGUUCUGGAGUUGCGUGGGUCAUCUGCACUGAUCAGAGUGAUCUGUUUCGACGUAAUGACAGUGGGACGUCUCACGAAGGUCCUGUGAUGUUUUCUGUUGGAACGAAUGAUGACGUUGCCGUAGAAGAGAAAUUUCUCAACGAUGGCUCUGCACACGUUUAUGUUAUAACUCCAAAUGCCUUGCCAGACCAACUCACUGGCAGGGAAUAUGUUCGACACAUACAGACGCUGAUAGUGCCAAAUGAUCCAAAUGACUUUGGAAAGUUCAUGGAGAACCGGCAGACUCUAAACUCGUUGCUCAAAGGUUUCCCACGUAGCAAGUUGAACUUGUUGAAGUUGGACAUCCCGAAUCGGCACAAAGAUGAGUUGAACUUGUCAGACCUGCUGCAUUAUAUGAUUUUAGAUGGCGUAUUAGGAGGAGUCGAGCAACUCAUGUUCACCUUAGAUCUAGCGGGAUUAAAUGAGGACCAGUUGUUUGAUUGGUACAAGCUCCUACACCAGUUGUUCCACAAGGCUGAUUUUAGGCUCUUCAGUGUUCGCGUCUCUUCAGCUGGCGUGCAGGCAUAUAAUCUCAGUUGGGUGAAGCAGCCUAAAGGACACCCAUUCAUCAUGCAGCCACCGGCUGGUUAUGGGACAUCCAUGGAAGAGCGUGAGCGAUUAGAGAACUUUCUAGCCGAACCACAGGUGGCAUGUGGGAAAGAAAAUGAGAUGGGCGGAGUAAGGGUCAUUCCAGUUUCAACAGACCUGACCAAUGUGAAACGAGAGACCUACUCGGUGUGCCUCAGUAGCAAGUAUGGGGUGGCACCACCCUGCGUUGUUUAUUCUUUGGGGGAGGAACAGUCGUUUAUCGAAGCAAUUGAAGCUACUGGCUGUUCUGUGUUUAAAUUAGUUCAGCACGACCUUCAAAAUGAUAAAAUGGGCAAUUCAUCACAUUGGCACCAUAUAGUAGGUUUUCCUAGGUCUGGUGGUAAGCAGCGGUGGCAGAAACAGCAAGCACAGGAUGUCUCGGGCCAUCAGCGUCCCAGCGUAGCACUCGUUAAAGUUCAUGGACCACUGCUGCAACUCUGGCCACUACUCUCACGGAUACUCGAUUCAGGAUUGCUCGAGGAUGUCCACCAGGUGGCGCACACGGUGCCAGUGUACAGCGUGGAAAAGAAUCUGAUGCGGCGGCAGCACUAUAGCGAGCUGAAGCGACUGCAGGAGUAUGGCUUCAGUCUGUUCCACACCGAGAGCCAGCCGCAGUUUAGCAAGCCGGGCUAUCAGCUGUACCAGCUCUCCUGGAUCAGAAAUGCAGGUGCCGUUUAGAGAGAUUGUUCCACGUUUGCACAUAGGUGGAGCUGGCAGUGCACCGUGUCGUAUUUUAGACCGCUGAUCUAGAUGUAGCAACUGGAUGGCGUGCUAUGGGAAUUAUGUGAUGUCGAUCGGCUGUCAUAUUGGUCGGCCCUAAAUGAAUGAUCAGCAGAGGUUGGCAAGCAAGAUCUUUUAAAAAUCUUUUCUCAACCACUAUGGUGGCCAAAUCACCUCCACUAUUGGUAUUGCAGUGAUAGGACAAUGUGUUGUCCAGUUUAUAUAUAGGUUAGUGAUUGAGACAUGCUUUUAGUGGCCGUAAACGAGCAGUGGCAGCUUAAAGAUCUAGAAGGGUUGUGUGGUUCACUUUCAACAUACGAUUGAAGUGUUGUAGCUUGUAUUGAAUAAGAAGUGACUGAAAUGCUAAUAUACCUUACUAAUAUACCUGUGUUACACGUGAAAGACCAUAAUUUCACAGUUGAAUUUCAAAGUCAAGGUUUGAUUGAAAUAGAUACAAGCAUGUGCUGGUGCAUUGUUUGUGUUCAUCAGAUGCAUUGAUUUUCUUCAUUUCGUCAAACACUGCACCAUCGUAACUUAAUUGUGUCACCGAAAUAUGAACUUUAGUGAUUUCCCUUUAUUUGUGGUUUUGUCAGGGUAUCUAUGCAUAUCAUGUUUAUCGCCUACCACCGACCAUGUUAUGAUUUGUGAUUUGCAUUGUCUUUUACUUUUACUAUAAAUUUUUAGGUGCUUGUUUCUUGUGUAAAUAUUUUUUGGUAGUGUUUUACUUUACUGAUCAUUUUUUGUGGUCAUGCCUCUUAGCUUAUUAAUACAAUGUUUUAAGCAGUUUUACAGAUUAUAAACUUUAUAGGGUAAUGUUAGAGGAGAUAAGUGACCAAUUAUGGACAAGGAACUAUGAGGGUGAACAGCAAGAGAAACAACAGGAAAUGAAUGAGAGGCAGUAUUGGGGAAUAAAUGUCAUGGAUUUAAAAUCUGCACUUGAUAUUCAGGGAGACGGAAAUAUAAGCGAUGUAGGAAACACAACAAUAUAACACUAAUGCCCACGUUAUUCGUCACUACAAAGUCGGUUGAUGUUUGGUAGGACAGGAACUUGGAACUUUUACCAUUUAUAUCUAGUAUAAAAACUGGUACAAAAGUGUUUUGAAUGCUCUUAAAUGUUUGUGAUAAAUUACGUGUAUGGUGGGUUGGUACAUGAUGUAUGCAUCAUCAUGUUGUGUUGUGGUUCACAUUCUGUAUCGUACGUUCGUAUAUAAUGUAUAUUAUUUGUACAUUUUGUUGUGCACGGCAAAAAAAACCAAUAUGAUCAUGUUUAUUAAUGAUAACUAACAAGUUUACUUACCACCGAACAAAUGUAAAAAUCACAGAUAUAAAGACCGAACUUCUAAAUUUAAACGAA